AUGAAAAUUGUUGGAUUUUAUGAUGUCGGUAUAGCAUACGUCCAACAUUAUUGGCAAUGGAGCCAUGUAAUUCAUGAUUUUUGUUCAGGUUUAAUGUAUUUACCAGAACAUUUGAAGAAUGUACAUGUUGUAACACUCCAAACAAAUGCAGGAUAUUAUCAUACUAUUCAAUGGCUUAAUUUCCUCGGAUAUAAUGCUACAGUACUAAAUUUGAAUAAUCAAGAGCAAGUUUUUGUCAAAGAACUUUAUUUCGUGACAGGAUGUGAACAUGCUCAUUCAGUUACAAUUGGUGGCAUCAAGAGAUUGCGAAAUGUUGUUAGAAACAAAUUAAAUUUAACUACGAUUAAACCAACAAAGUAUUACGUGUUUAAUAGAGUAGGCAGAAAUCUACGACAAAUACAGAACCAUGAACAGCUACUUGAAGCUCCGAAUAAAGAUGUUAAACUCCCCGAUAAUCAAGUUUGGCAUUAUUAUGCUCCAUUCAUUAAAAAGAUUGAAUAUGCAGCUAAGUUCUUUGCUCACAUUAGGGCUUUUAUUUGUCCUAGCGGUUCAACGGUCUACAAUACCAUAUAUAUGCAAGAAAAAACACCAAUGCUUUUAAUUUUUGGCCACUUUGAUAAACCAAACAUUCAGCUAUGUUUAACAUCCAAUUUAUACAUGAUUGGCAUUACAAUUCCCCUUCCAAAGAACUUGAGUGCAAAUUACCUUGUAAAUAUUCCUCAAGCAGUUACUUUAGCCAAGAAAAUAGUUUACUGUUCAGAACACGGUCACUGGGAUAAUACACUUGGACUGGUUCAUGCAGUUACGAAAGGUGAUUACAAUUUUGAUCCUAUUAUUGAUGUUCCUAUGAAAAACUAA